AUGAGAGACCGCCUCCAAGAGCUUAAACUGAGAGCUAAGGAACUACAGAUAGCUGGAGAGAACAACGGUGCAACCAUACAAGAAGAGCAGGAGGAGUUUGAACAGCAGGCCAUUAUUUAUGAAAAUGAGCCCAUAACUGAAAGGCACUUCCAUGAAAUCCAGAAGCUUCAGAAUGAAAUUAAUAAUUUGGUGGAGGAAGUUCAUAAAUUCAGUCAACAACAAAAAAGCCUAGUAUCAUCAAUGAGAAGAUUCAGUGUUCUUAAAAAGGAAUCUAACAUAGCAAAAGAAAUAAAAAUUGAAGCAGAGCACAUACGAAAAUGUUUGGAUGAACUGUCAAAAACAGUGAAAAAAGCUGAAAAUGAACAUGGGCCAUCACGUGCCACAGUAAGAAUUCUAGCUUCCCAGCACGCUUUCUUAUCCCAGCGUUACCUAAAUGCUAUGCUUUCAUACAACGAUGCUAUAACUGCUAAGCAAGAGAAAUGCAGGAGAUUUAUUGCCCGUCAGCUUGAAGUAGCUGGUAAAGAGGUAUCCGAGGAAGAAGUCAAUGACAUGCUCCAACAAGGAAAAUGGGAGAUUUUCAAUGAAAAUCUACUCACUGAAGUCAAAAUUACCAAAGCCCAGCUUUCGGAGAUUGAACAGAGACACAAAGAACUAGUCAAUCUGGAGAACCAGGUCAAAGAUAUAAAGGAACUUUUUAUCCAGAUAUCACUUCUGGUGGAGGAGCAAGGGGAGAUGAUCAACAACAUUGAAAUCAGUAUGAACAACACUCAAGAAUAUACUCAAAUAUCUAAAGAAAAAUUUGGGCUUGCAGUCAAGUAUCGAAAAAGAAACCCUUGCAAAGCAGUAUGCUGCUGGUGUUGUCAAUGCUGCAAAUGA